AACAGCAGAUAAUGGCCACUUUGGCUAGAUUAUUUCAACGAUUGUCUGUGUCGGCUUUGCCGAAAGACGUCUGUUAUACCACCGUUCGGCCCAUAUCUCUGGCAAGUUUGGAAAUACUACUAAACAAACCGAAACCGGGUGGUGGAAAGUCAUACCGGCGAAUCGUGCACUAUCCGGAGCAAUACACCAUUGAACCUCUGAACGUAACAAACCUAGCCGGGCGAGACCCAAAAACAGGCCGUCUAGUGGCCAAAGGUAUCGGUGGCGGUAUCAAGCACAAGUACCACUGGGUAAAGUGGGUUCGCGAUGGACCAACCGAAGGACCUCCACAGGUUGAAAAAGUAAUCGAGGUAUUUGACGAUGGUUGCCGUACCGCAAAGGUGGCACUGGUGGCAGUGGGAAACGAGAUGAAAUAUAUACUGGCGACGGAAAACAUGAAAGCUGGAGAUCUAUUGAAAACAUCGCGCUUUAUCCCUCGUAUACCCGUCCGUGCCAAUGAAGGAGAUGCCUACCCUUUGGGAGCUCUGCAGGUUGGCACACAAAUUCACUGUCUAGAGAAGUAUCCUGGACAGCCCUGCCAUCUAAUUCAUGCAGCCGGUUCGUAUGGAACAAUUCUGCGUAAGUUUGGUGAGUUGGUCGUCGUGCAGCUUCCUUCCAAGCAGGAAUUCGCAUUUCAACAAACCUGCAUGGCUACGGUAGGACGAGUCUCGAACGUUGCCCACAGUAAAACUCCGAUCGGUUCCGCGCAGAAAAACCGAGAACUUGGCAACCGUCCUCGCUCGGGUCUCUGGCAACGUAAGGAUGGACGGCAUGGUCGAAAGGUGCGUCGCUUACCUCCGAUGCGUGUAAUUCCUCCACCAGCGAAAAAGCCUGCCGAGCCGUUGAAAUUGACGUUAAAACUGUGA